ACAAUCUGUAAAGACGACAAAAACGUGAGAAAACAAACAUUACAUUUUGACCUAUCCGGUGUUCUGUUUCUCUUCUCCGGAUUCUGAAAACUGAUACAGCACAAAGCCAACUUAAGCCUUAAACUCAAAGACUAAUUGUUCCAGUUAAAAUCCCAGAAACAGAUAGAUAGUGCUGAAAAUCUAAAAUGGGUAUUCACUGCUUCUGGGUUUUAGCAGUUCUCAUUAAUGUCUUCACUCUCGGCAAAGGACAGAGUAGCGUUAACGUUUCAUGCAACCCAGAUGACCUUGAAGCUUUAACCAGUUUCAAAUCUGGGAUUUCAUAUGAUUCUUCUGAUCGAUUGUCGAAGUGGGUCGAUGGUCUCAGUUGUUGCAAAUGGGAAGGAGUAGUAUGUGAUAAUGCCACUGGAAGAGUCACAGAGCUUCGUCUCCCAGGCUUCAUCUCAACCGAGGAGACUGUUUUCCAGUCCCAGAUGAAUGGUAACUUAUCUCCUUCGAUAACGCUUUUGUCUUCUCUUCAAGUUCUUGAUCUCAGUGGCCUCCUUGGGCUUUCUGGGUCAAUCCCAACUUCCAUUGGCCUUCAUCUUCCGAAUCUCACAGAGCUCGACCUUCACGGGAACAUCCUCACUGGUCAAGUUCCAGAAAGCAUUGGUAUGUUAUCUAAACUUGAGCAACUCGCUCUCCACGAGAAUGGGCUUUCCGGGUCACUCCCUUCUAGCCUGGGAAGCCUUAAAAAUCUCAGGAGUUUAUAUGUCAAUUCAAACAAAUUUUCGGGAGUGAUUCCAGAAGAUAUUUCGAAUUUGACACGUUUGGAAUAUUUAGAUCUUGAAGAGAAUUCUCUAACUGGUAAUAUUCCAGAGAGAAUUGGAAAUUUGCAGGCUCUGAAAGAGCUUGAUUUAUCCUCCAAUCUCUUGUCUGGGAAAAUCCCAUUAUCUGUAGCUGAUUUGAGCUCCAUUUCGGUUAUGUACUUAAACAACAACUCUCUCGAGGGUUCGAUUCCUUUUCCAUUGAGCUCAAACCAAAUGCAAUCACUAGGCUUUCUGAGACUUCAACUAAAUGGUCUCAGUGGGAAAAUCCCAGCAAUGUUUGGAAAUCUGGUUUCUCUGCAGAGAGUCUCUUUAAGUUAUAAUAAACUUGAAGGAGAGAUUCCUUCUAGUUUGGGUAAUUUGUCGUCUUUAUCAGAGCUUUAUCUGAGUGGAAAUCGAUUCACGGGUCGAAUUCCAGAAUCAUUCGGUCAGCUUUCUCAACUCUCACUAUUGGAUGUUUCUCAUAAUUUGAUUGAAGGGCCAUUACCUCUUCAAAUGUCUUCCCUCCAAAAUGUUGAAACUCUUGAUUUGUCAUUCAAUUCUCUAAACCUCUCCUCUAUCCCGAAAUGGCUUACUCAGCUUUCUUCAGUCUCUCGGAUUUACUUGGCGGGGUCUAGAAUUGAAGGAAAACUACCAGAGUUGUUGAAGACAAUUCCAAACCAAAUUCAGGAACUGGACUUAUCUGGUAACAGCAUCACUGGCUCAAUACCAACCUGGCUUGACAAACUGUCUAGCCUCUACCUACUGAACCUCUCCAGAAACUCACUCGAAUCAAAAAUCCCAGAUUCGAUAUCGAAUUUGCACAGACUAGGUGUUCUUGACCUUCAUUCAAACAAUCUCAGUGGAUCAAUCAGUCAAAUUUCUGACAUGGAUUUUUUAACAUUCGUAGACCUUUCUGAUAACAGUUUCACAAAUGGAAUAGAGGAAAUUGAACAUAGUGGAGGAGAGGGAAGGGAGCCUAUGAUUCAGUCGCUAAACUUGUCACAUAACCUUUUGAAAGGAAAAUUGCCAUCAACCAUUGGGAGAUUCAAGUCGUUGAAGAGUUUGGAUUUGAGCUCAAACGAGUUGAGUUCAGAGUUGCCAGAAGCUUUGUCAAAUCUGAGCUCAUUGCAGACAUUAAAGCUUCAGAAGAACAAGUUCACUGGCGAAAUUCCUGAUGAGUAUUUAAAGUUGAGAGAGUUGAAAGAGUUAGAUUUGUCAAAUAAUCUUCUGGUCGGGGAAAUUCCUGAUGGUAAACCACUGAGUAACUUUCCGGCGAGUACCUACUCUGGUAACAAAGGCUUAUGUGGGAAACCUCUCAUACCAUGUAAAUGAACACUAGUACUACAUAAGCUUUUUUUUUUUAAAAUACAUAUUUUAAUUAAUAUUUGAGAUACCUCUGCUCUACUACUCGUGUCAUGUUUCGAAAGAGUCCCGGUAUGUUUUUGAGAUUAUUUGCAAAUUUUAAAUGAGUAAUGUUUGGAAUAGACCUCAAUUAUAGUUUAUUUGCA